GGACAAACGUUGAACUCGGUCAGGAUCCGUGGAUGGGCAGCAUAGAGUUCAGUCCUGCCAACCAGAUGGACGUAACUGGGGGCCACAUGCGUAACUUCGCCACUCAUUUCGCAUCCUUGGCCAAAUGAAAUGCCUCAACUGGUGCUUUUUUAUUGGGCUGUCCUGCCCAAUUGAUGGGUUCUUAUUGGGCUAAUCCGCCCAGCUUGCGGUGCCAUAUCUGGGGUAGUUGAAGCUUAACCUCCCUCUCCUUCUUCCCUUCUCCUUUUCAUCCUUCAUCCCUUCAUCUCUUAAAUCUCAUCCCCUCUAUUCCUAUCCAGCAGAAAAUGCAUCGCUCGGACCGGCCGCUGCCCGUCCAGCAUGUCCGGCACCACCUCGCCUGAAGAAGUGGGCGACCACGACGUCAACGACGCCCUGGACAUCGCCAUCGUCGUCUUCUCCGCCAUCGCCGUCUACAACGCCAUCGAGCUCUCCAUCUACCUCCCUUCCUCCUUCCGCCGCUACCGCAGCCUCUACUUCUGGUCCAUGAUGACCUCCGCCAUCCUCGGCGUCAUCCCGGCCUCCAUCGGCGGCGUCCUGCAGUUCUUCGGCCGCCGGCCGCUCUGGCUCAGCAUGCUCCUGCAGAAUCUCGGCUUCAUCCUCAUGGUCCCGAACCAGUCGGUCGUGCUAUACUCGCGCCUGCACCUGAUUUCACCCAGUAAACUCAUCCUCCAGAUCGUGCUCUGGCUGAUCUUCGGCUGCCUCAUGCUCAUCUGUGUCCCGACUAUCAUCCUUAAUGUCGGGUCGAGUUACCUCCCCCAUUCACAGCCGUGGGUGCGCGCUUACUUCAUCAUGGAGCGGUUCCAGAUAACCUGGUUCACCAUCCAGGAGUGUUUCAUAUCGGGCGUGUACAUCUACUACACAACACAACUAAUCCGACUCGUGCCCAGCGACGACAAGCGACGACAUAAAAUCCUCUUCCAGCUGCUGGUUAUCAAUAUGGUUAUAAUCGGGCUGGACCUGGUGCUGGUGAUUCUGCAGUAUUUGAACUACUAUUAUACCCAUGUCAUUCUCAAGGCGACUGUUUAUAGCGUCAAGUUGAAGCUGGAGUUUGCAGUGCUCGGCAUGUUGGUUGCCAUGGUGCAUCGGAGGGAUUCGGAUGAGUUUUGGUUGACCGAGCAGGCGCCGACGGGUUUUUCAUAGUAUAUAUAUAAACAUGUAUAUAGGUAAAUAUAAUAAUAAAUAGUGGUUAACAUCUGG